ACUGCAAGCAACCCUUGCCCCUUCUACGCUCUGAAUAUGCUUGCUCUGGCGCCCCAACCGAUGCAUACACCUGUAGAUGUCCCUCAUAGAACGCAGCCACCUACCCCAAGCUCGUCGACAAGACCCCCGUUCCGCAAAGUUACCCCCUCCUACACGUCUGCGUCCUCCUCGAGCCAUUCUGCUCAAACUAGUCAUUCUGGAUCCUACUCGUCGCAUUCUGCGCCCUUGGAGCCUACUUCCUCCUCCCGACGCUCCACGCCACAGCGGACACCCUCAUUUGUGUCGAGCGCUCGCCCCUCGGUCUACGAUGGGCAUGAGGACGACCCUUCAACACCACCAGGCUCCGAGUCAGAAGACAACGAGCCGGAGUCGAGCGUCCAGUCCGCCUCCUCCGAAGUGGACAUUCACGCGUACGACUCCACCACAUUGUUACGGCUCCUAGCCAACGCGUUGACCGAGAUCGCGACCAUGAACACCGAUCGCGACCACUCGGAACCAUAUCUCUCCUCCGCCCAUUCACAUACCAGCCCUUCAGAGCCGCAUCCACCAAUUUGGCGAACAUUGACUACAGCCUCUCGUCACGCCCUUUCCACCGCCUCCUCUCUCUCCUUCCACGCCCGUAAUGUUCCUACGAUCGCGCUCGAAGCAUACCUCACCCGCAUUCAGAAGUACUGCCCCGCGAGCAACGAAGUGUUCCUAUCGCUGCUCGUCUACUUCGAUAGGAUGAUGAAAUUGGCGAAGGAGUCUUGUGGAAAGGUGUUCGCGAUUGACAUGUACAACGUGCACCGGCUCGUCAUCGCCGGUGUAACGGUGGCGAGCAAGUUCUUCAGUGACGUCUUCUAUACCAAUUCGCGGUAUGCGAAGGUCGGCGGUCUCCCAUUGACCGAGCUCAACCAGUUGGAACUUCAGUUCCUACUCUUGAACAACUUUCAUUUGAUGAUCUCCCAAGACGAGAUGCAGUUCUAUGCAAGCAAAUUGCUACAACAGUCUCAAGUACCCCCUGGUGUUUCCCUCAUCCCCUUCCUUCCCGACUCCUCCUCGUCUGUGCCGCACGAUUUUCGUCGUUCUCCUAUCGGCCCUGUGAAGUACUUCGCAACGCUGGACGGGUAUGUCGCCAAUCUCCACGCACGAGCGCCCUCAACCCAACGCGAUUCCGGCACCCAUUACUCCGCUCCUCCAAACACCUCAUCUUCAUCGCGAACAGCGUCGGGCUAUCGGAGAUCAACUAGCUCCUAUUCUACGUCAUCCGCCUCGGACACCGUAACCGACUCCGGUGACACCGAGACGGAUAUUGAUGGUGAGACUGAUGAUGAGCCCACCAUUCGGGCGCCUCAUUCGUCGGCUUCCUCCGAGACGAUGAGCUUGCACUCUGCGGCAAGCGAUGCUGACUCAAUCUACACCGAGGAUGACCGGAGCGAGGUCGGCGAGGUCGCGCAUUCACAUCCUCUUGCGAACGGGGCGCGAACGGAAGACUACCGCCAACGGAACAUGAUGAGCCCGUAAGGCGUGCUUUCAGACUGCGGAACCGUCCCUACGGGCGAUGCAAGGCGACGCAGGUUACCGUGUGUCAUAGACGUGCUCAGAGUGCCGGGACGGCAGGAUCGUUGGACUGUGACGGAUGCGUUCGCGAAUGCCCGUCGUGUUGUGGAUGUCUUAUUACAGUAAGAACGUACCGGGACUUCGCUCAAGUUGCUCUCUAUCACGUUCGUACGACAUUGACCGUGCAUUUACUCUCCGUAAUCAUGCGCAUCGGUUCUUUAUUAUCCUCGUUGCUACAUUGUACAGUUGUGUUCAAUCCGUUUUUGUCCUCAUGUUCAUGCGCAAGUAUACUAUAUCGAGAAUUGGCAAA